AUAAGAUAAGCUAAACAAGGACAAAACUUGUAUAUUUCCUAUCCAAAGAAAGACUAGCGAGUGAUAGAGAAAUGGAGAAUAAAACUGAGGAAGAUAAGGUAUCAAUCAUCAAAGUUUCUGCCCUUACUUGCAUAGAUCUCGACAACUCCAAUCUUCAUCAAUCAGCUGUUUUACUCAAGCAGGCAUGUCUCGAUAGUGGAUUUUUCUAUGUCAUUAAUCAUGGUAUAAGCGAGGAACUGAAGGACGAGGCUUUUGAACAGAGCAAGAAGUUUUUUGCUCUUCCUUUGGAGGAGAAAAUGAAAGUCUUGAGAAAUGAAAAGUAUCGAGGCUAUGCACCAUUUCACGAUUCUCUCUUAGACCCUAAAAACCAAUUCCGAGGGGACUACAAAGAGGGUUUUACCAUUGGGUUCGAAGGUGGCAAAGAUGGUCCCCAUGGGGAUAAACCAUUCCAUAGCCCCAACAUUUGGCCUAACUCUGACGUUUUGCCCGGAUGGCGGGAGACCAUGGAGAAAUAUUAUCAAGAAGCAUUGAGGGUUUGUAAGUCUAUUGCGAGAAUAAUGGCUUUGGCGCUCGACUUGGAUGUGGAUUAUUUCAAUACACCGGAGAUGCUGGGAAAUCCAAUUGCAGAUAUGGUCUUGUUUCACUAUGAAGGGAAGUCUGAUCCCUCGAAAGGAAUAUAUGCAUGUGGAGCACAUUCUGAUUUCGGAAUGAUGUCUCUCUUAGCAACUGAUGGUGUAAUGGGACUUCAGAUUUGCAAGGAUAAAGACGUGAUGCCUCAAAAGUGGGAAUAUAUUCCAUCACUUAAAGGAGCCUAUAUUGUGAAUCUUGGUGAUCUGCUGGAGCGUUGGAAUAAUGGCUAUUUCAAGUCUACAUUACAUCGGGUACUUGGGAAUGGGCAAGACCGAUAUUCUAUUCCAUUCUUCCUGAAACCGAGUCAUGACUGUAUAAUAGAGUGUCUUCCUAACUGCCAGUCCGAAAACAACCUUCCCAAAUAUAUUAUAUAUAUCCAGCGAUCAAAUGUUCAACGUACAUCUCCCCACGUUACAAAGCAGCACAUGCACACCUAAAACAGACCUAGGUGAAGUAUGGUCCAUGUGUACCACGCCCUAAAGUCCCAUGUUAUGAAUGCCUUCGUUUUCCAAUUGGUUUGUUGUUAAAAUUUCUAUUGUAUUUGGAUUUCUCACCACGAUUUAUAUCUAUUUGAUGGAGACCUAUUCAACUAAUAAAGAUCACCAUUUAAGUGAUUACAAAGAAGAGUUUGAAUUUC